AUGUUUGAAGGACUCAAGGUUAACUUCGCCAAAAGUAGGUUCGACGGGGUUGGAGUGGAGAGGAAGACUUUACGAACUGCAAUAUCUGAUAUUGAGGUGGAUUAUAUUGAUAUAAAAGAAAGGAGUCUACUAAAGGUUCCAGGAUAUGACAAACCAGUGGAAUUUGGAGUUUUAACAAAGUUUGCAUACCCCUUGGAAGGGAACCUAGGUGAAAUUGUUGUUGCCACAACUAGGAUUGAAACUAUGCUUGGUGACACUGCUAUUGCCGUACAUCCUAAUGAUAACAGAUAUAGCCAUUUUCAUGGAAAACAUGCUAUUCAUCCAUUUAAUGGCAGAAAACUUCCUAUAAUUUGUGAUGCCAUUCUUGUUGAUCCAAAGUUUGGGACAGGUGCUGUUAAGAUUACACCUGCCCACGAUCCAAAUGAUUUUGAGGUGGGAAAACGUCACAGCCUUGAGUUCAUUAAUGUUUUCACAGAUGAUGGGAAAAUAAAUUCCGAUGGUGGCUCUGAUUUUGUGGGCAUGCCGCGGUUUAAAGCUCGAGAGGCAGUAACAGAAGCAUUACAGAAGAAGGGCCUUUAUAGAGGAUCUGAGAACAAUGAGAUGCGCCUUGGUGUUUGUUCAAGAAGCAAUGAUGUUGUGGAGCCCAUGAUAAAGCCCCAAUGGUAUGUCAAUUGCAAUGAUUUGGCAAAUCAAGCUCUUCAAGCUGCUGUGGAUGAGGAAAACAAAAGGCUAGAGAUUGUUCCAAAACAAUAUUUGGCUGAUUGGAAGAGAUGGCUAGAAAACAUACGUGAUUGGUGCAUUUCACGACAGCUAUGGUGGGGUCACCAGAUACCUGCAUGGUAUGUCACUUUAGAGGAUGACGUGCGGCGGGAAUUUGGUGCUUAUAAUGAUCAUUGGGUAGUGGCAAGAACUGAAGAGGAAGCCCAAAAAGAGGCUAGCCAGAGGUAUAACGGAAAGAAGUUUCAUUUAAGCCAGGAUCCUGAUGUUCUUGAUACAUGGUUUUCUUCUGGUCUGUUCCCAUUAUCUGUGCUGGGAUGGCCUGAUGACACACAGGACCUGAAGACAUUCUAUCCAACUUCUGUUCUGGAAACUGGCCAUGAUAUCCUCUUUUUCUGGGUUGCCCGUAUGGUCAUGUUGGGAUUGAAGUUGGGUGGUGAUGUGCCUUUUGGAAAGAUUUAUUUGCAUCCAAUGAUUCGUGAUGCACACGGGCGUAAGAUGUCCAAGUCCUUAGGGAAUGUUAUUGGAUAA